GAUAAUGAGUGUACUGAAGCCAGCACAGUUCAUGUAUCCCAUAGUGACUCUGAGAUCUUCACAUAAAGCACAAAGACUGAAAUUUUUUCCCUUAAGCUGCUCCCAACUUUUUUUCAUUUGAAGACAUUCUGCAUAUUUAUUUGAAAUGGGUGAGGCUGUAUCCCAUCCAAACAAGGACAGAGAACCAUCCAGACCUGGUUUUUAUUUUUGAAUACAUCAUCUUGGUUCUAUGGCAUCACAACAGUACAUUUUAUGUCUCUAUGCAAAUCCUUGACAACAAAUGUCUUCAGAUCAUCUGACACAUAAGUAAAUCAGUUGGGACAAAGAAAGGAUUGUGAAUACCUCAAGAUGGGCGGUGGAGCCAGUUCUGAGAGCAAGGAGUCAGCCAGGAGAUCCAGAGAGCUGGAAAAGAAACUCCAGGAAGAUGCAGAGAGGGAAGCCAGGACAGUCAAACUACUACUGUUGGGUGCUGGAGAGUCAGGAAAGAGCACUAUUGUAAAGCAAAUGAAGAUCAUCCAUAAAGAUGGUUUCACAUACCAAGAACGCAUGGAGUUCCGGCCUAUCAUUUACAGUAACACAGUGCAGUCUAUCCUGUCUAUCGUGAAAGCAAUGACUAAGUUAGGGAUCAGUUAUGAAAACCCAGCUAGAAUUGAAGAUGAAAGGAAACUCCGUGACAUGGAAACAAAUCUGGAUGAUAGCAACAUGUCUUCUGAGUUGGUUGAACUCAUCCAGCAACUGUGGAAAGACGGUGGGAUCCAGGCAUGCUUUGCAAGGGCAUCAGAGUACGAGCUCAAUGACUCAGCAGCCUAUUAUCUCAAUGAUUUGGAUAGGCUAGCAAUGCCUGACUACGUGCCUAGUGAGCAAGAUGUUUUGCACUCCCGAGUGAAAACAACUGGGAUUAUUGAGACUCAGUUUUCCUUCAAGGACUUGAACUUCAGGAUGUUUGAUGUGGGUGGACAGCGAUCAGAGAGAAAAAAGUGGAUUCACUGCUUUGAGGGAGUGACCUGCAUCAUAUUCUGUGCUGCACUCAGUGCCUAUGACAUGGUUCUGGUGGAAGAUAAAGAAGUGAACAGAAUGCAUGAAAGCCUUCAGCUGUUCAACAGCAUCUGCAACCACAGCUGCUUUGCAACCACUUCCAUCGUGCUGUUUCUAAACAAAAAAGACCUCUUUCAAGAGAAAAUAGCAAAAGUUCAUCUGAACAUCUGCUUUCCUGAAUACAAUGGACUAAAUACAUUUGAAGAUGCUGGAAAUUAUAUCAAGAAACAAUUCCUAGACUUGAACAUAAGGAAAGAAGAUAAGGAGAUAUAUUGUCACCUAACCUGUGCCACAGACACCCAGAAUGUCAGGUUUGUUUUUGAUGCAGUCACAGAUAUAAUAAUCAAAGAAAAUCUGAAAGACUGUGGGCUUUUCUAG